GGCGUGUUGGUUGCUAUGUUGGUAUUUUGUUCCGCCAGCAAUUUCAUGCAAACUUCUGAUGCUUAUUUCAGUAACGGUGCACUGGAGGAAGGGAAACCUGUCGACCUUGUUCUAAGCUGUGUGGACAAUUUCGAAGCUCGCAUGGCGAUUAACACAGCCUGCAAUGAACUUGGACAAAUCUGGAUGGAAUCUGGAGUCAGUGAAAAUGCAGUGUCGGGACACAUACAGCUGAUCAUACCUGGUGAAUCCGCCUGUUUCGCGUGUGCUCCUCCCCUUGUAGUUGCUGCAAAUAUUGAUGAGAAGACAUUAAAACGAGAAGGAGUUUGUGCAGCCAGUCUUCCUACAACUAUGGGUGUUGUGGCAGGAAUGCUGGUACAAAAUGUUCUGAAAUACCUGUUAAAUUUUGGUACUGUGAGUUAUUAUCUUGGUUACAAUGCAAUGCAGGAUUUCUUCCCAACUAUGUCUAUGAAGCCAAACCCACAAUGUAGUGACCACAAUUGCAGAAAACAGCAAGAAAUUUAUAAGAAGAAAGAAGCUGCACGACCAAAACAAGAAGUAAUUGAAAAGGAAGAUGAAAUAGUACACGAAGACAAUGACUGGGGCAUCGAAUUAGUAUCAGAAACUUCAGAAGAAGAGCUGAAGGCUGCAUCUGGCCCGGUACCUGACCUUCCUGAGGGAAUUACUGUAGCAUAUACUAUCCCAGAAAAGGAAGAGAAUUUAAUAACGAAGGACACGGUAGCAGAGUCUGAAGAAAGCCUAGAAGAACUCAUGGCCAAAAUGAGAAAUAUGUAGAAAAACAAAUACUAAGUACAACUUUGGAUCAACAUGGAUUUUGAGAAGACCAGUCUUCUUACUUUUUUUCUUUUUUUACCUCCAGUGAAGCUUACCUUUACCUUUCUAAAGAAGCGGAACUGUUACAGGGGCAGGAAGGACACAGAUUUACAUUGUUCAUGUUUUGUUGUCUAGUCACUCUUUACCAUACAGAGUUGUGCUACUGUAAAUUUUAGUUUCUCAGCAUUGCUAGUGUCCAGAUAUUCAGUAGAAAAUAAAAGGACAUG